AUGGCAGAAGUACGACAGCGCACCAAAGCGGCAGACCCCACGGUCGCGCCCAAGGAACCCUCAAGCACGAACAGCACCAAACCAACCAAGAAGAGCUCAGGCUUCAGCUUUACAGAUGUGCUUCGCAUUUUGGGCGGCAUACUCUUGCUCAACUGCGCAUUGAGUUACUUUGUCACUUCCUCAUCCCUGACAUGGGGUUGGCGACCCUGGUACUCAAAGCCUGCUAUGGUGGCUUCCUGGCUGGUAUAUCUCACCCCACUACCCUCCAAGCACACGCCACUGACGGACACAAACAGANGAGGACCCGUUUACUUGACCGACGAGGAACUUAAAGCCUACGAUGGCAGCGAUGCGAGCAAACCAGUAUACAUUGCUCUCAACGGCACAAUCUACGAUGUCACUGCUGGCCGCCAGGUCUAUGGUCCAGGAGGAAGUUACAACUUUUUCGCUGGCCGUGAUGCAACCCGCGCUUUUAUUACUGGAUGUUUCCAAGAGGACUUGACGCCUGAUAUCAGAGGUGCAGAGUUGACGUACGUCCCUGUGGAUGAUGAUGCUCCUUCAAAAGCCGAGUUCAAGACGAGAAGGGAGAGAGACACGAGAUUGGCCAAGAAGAGGGUACAUGACACUAUCGAGGGUUGGAGUCGCAUGUUCAAGGGCCAGGCCGGAAAGAACUAUUUCGAAGUCGGAAAGGUCAAGAGGGAGGAGGGAUGGUUGGAGAAGUUGCCCAAGAGGGAAUUGUGUGAGCAGGCGCAAAAGCAGAGACCCCAGCGCAAGGCUUGA